AUGAGGGGUGAUAGGAAAGAGGAAUGGCUAGUGAUUGACUUUGCCUUAGACUUUCUUUGUGAACUGGAUUGUGCUAAUCCUCAUGUGGUUGUGUUCGAGCCCAUACUCAAUCAUGAAGCCCUCACCAACAUCAAUCGUGACCCAUUGACAGAUUCGAUGCUCGUGAAUUGCGAUGUUCUGAAUGGAAAUUCCCCCGAAUACGACGAGGUAAUGGCAUUGCUCAAUGAUAGCACCACUGGGGCGCAUGAGCACAUUUCGGACUCUUUCAACACAAAAUGGCGCGAAAUCGGCGGUCAGUCGGAGAAGAUCCGAAGGCGACGAAUUCGGAACGACAACGAAGAGGCAAAGCACUCAUGUGAUGCGUCGUCCGAAGAGUCUUCGGAUUGGGAAACACGCGACGACCGCCUUAUGAACAAGUCGUUCAAUGACUUCAGUGGCUGCGGUUCAUUGCCAGGCGCAAGAAUUGAUCCUAAAUCAUCUAGUUCUCUGCUAGACUCUGCACCUUUGGAUGCUUCGUUUUGUUCAACGAAGUCUGAAUUAGCUCAAGGACAAUGUCGAAACAGAAAACGGUUGAGGGUCAGACGUCUGCCUCGCAGUAUGAGUGAUGGAGAACAAUUAAUUCUCAAAUCUGGUAAGUUUUAUUCCCCUUCUGAUAGUAACGGAGCGUUUGUGCCGAAAAUUCUCCGUUCACCUCCGUCAACACCUUUGGCGCGGUCGACAAGACUUCUUCAGAAGCUUGAGUUAGACCUGUUGACAAACUCGGAGAGCGACAUAACGCCUGAGCAGUCGGACACUCAGGUCUAUGAAUGGGACGACUAUAACGACGACUCGAUGACCGUGCCGGCUGCUCCAUCUACUCCAGCUAUUCACGAAGGACUACUAGAACUCGACGAGGAUUUCUCUGAGCAUCUUGAUUCCUGGGAUUCUCUUCGUCGUCUUAUCACCGAGAGUCGAGCUCAUCUACGUGUAGUCGAGAAAAGCAUAUCUAGCAGCGAGGUGGACGAGGUCCAACUGGUCAGGAAAUUUGACGAUACUGAUCCUAUGUUGAAUCUAACAAUAAGUCGUGCUUUCCUAUAUUGCUUGACAGCAGCUGGUGCAGAAAUGUGA